GGGGCAACCAAUGAGCUGCUGAGGGCUCCAGAGUCGAGUGGGACCGGGGAACUCGCACACAAAAUGCGCCGGACCGCUUUGCGACCUACAAGUCUUGUUGUUUUCACCUCCUCCUUUGCACAAGUUUGUUUGCGCGCACGGACUCUCAAAGGACCCACUUGGAAGACUUUUGGGGGGGGACUUGAGCCCUUCUUCUUUGCUGUUCGGCGAGAUCCGGGCGGGGGUGGUGGAAAGGAAAGGAAAGGCAAGGCAAAGGGGGUGCAAUGGAGCGCUGAGAUGGAAUGAUUUGUCCAUGAAGAGUACCGCUAACAACUUUGGUGCUUUGGAUAAAUGGGCACGCGGAGUGUUGACGGAGCCGGGAUUCCACGGCGGCCUGUUGAACGGACUCGACGUUUCGGAUGAAUGUCCUUGGAAGCGGCGUUGAAGUUUGCCUUAUGACUCUGCUGUGAGUUUUGCCCUCCACCACCAGCACCACCGCAGCAACCGCCAGUAGCACGGCCAGCAGCAUGGCAAGCUUUGGCGCGCUGGCACGGAGCCUCUGCGGCUCACUCGGCCCACUAACCUGCGUGCUUUUGCUCGCGGCGCUGUGCGCGGCCUCGCCGGCCCACGGCCGGAGACUUAUCUGCUGGCAGGCCAUCCUCAACUGCCAAAGGGAGCCCGAGUGCAAUUACGCGUACGAUCACUACAUGCGCGCCUGCGCGCCGGUGUUGAACGGGGACAGGAAGAAGUGUCCCAGCCAUUGCAUCUCGUCGCUGGUGCAGCUCAAUCUAACCCGCAACGGACCGGCGCUGGAGGACUGCAGCUGCCGCCACGACUCGCUUUGCACGCGCACCAAAGCGGCCAUCGAGCCCUGCUUGCCUCGGACUAGCAGCUCGGGCUGCACGGCGGCCCGGAUGCAAUGCUUGGACGACCAGCAGUGCAGCUCCACCUUGAGCGACUAUAUGAAACACUGCGGCAAACUUUUCAGCAGCUCCGUGUGCACCGACGCGUGUCGCAACGUGAUCGCCGCCAUGCGGAGGAUCCCCAAGGGCCAGCAGCUGGACACUUGCAUGUGCGACGGUGACGAAAGGCCCAUCUGCGAGUUUGUCAAGAGCAACAUGAAGCUCCGCUGUUUCGGCGCACCGGUGACGGAAGAGAGCAGCGGCUUCCACGACGACUACGACGCGGAGGACGGCGAGGACUACGCCGACCCGGACUACAGGGAAGAGCCGUUGAGUGGAGCCUCUCUCCCGGAGCUCCACUGGCUUUUGACCCUGCUGCUGCUGCCAUCCAUUUUGGCUCUAUCGCCCCUCUUUUAAUCGCCGAGCGGACGUUCGAACGCAGACUUUAGUGGAUUAUAUUUUCUAUGCAAAUGCCACCAGAGGGAAACUUUAGGAGCUCAAAACUCACCGGAUGCUCAGCUCGUACUAUAUCGAAAUGGUUUGAUUUUUCACCAGCAGUGUUUAAAUCUUCAUAUCCACGUCAUGCUGUGCACUGCCAAACUUUUUACACGUUUCUUUUUUUCACGAGCUAUUUUUUCUACGACCGUUGUCUUAUUGGGCAUCUGAUGGACAAGUAUUUAAUGCUGGAAUCGUGGAAAUAAAAAAGUGUAAAUAGCAGAAGGGUGAAAUGAAAUAAUUUAUUAAAUGCCAACCAAUCACAUCCAAAUGUUCGUCGUGGGAAUGAAAGACUGAGAAUUCCAGCUUUAAAGGGAAGACAUUAUUGUCCACAUUUUCUUGUACAUUGUAUAUAUGUGUAUAGCUGAUAUAGAUUUGCUACCCCAAGAGAAGCCUCUAUGGCAGUGGCCCCCAACCUUUUUUGCGCCACGGACCGGUUACAUGUCCGAAAAAUUUUCGCGGACCGGCAUUUAUAUAAAUACAUUUAUAUAAAUAAAUAAAUAAUACAUUUAUAAUAAAUAUAUACGUAAAUGCGAUGAAAUAAAAUGAUACGACUGACAUAGAAACAAGUACAAAUGACAAAAAUAAAACUCACCAUUACGUUGAAUUAGUGGGAGCACUGAGUUUGUUUGUCAGAAACGAGCCGGUCCCAUCUAGACGUAAUCGGAGACAAUGACACCCCAAGUGAUUAAGGUUUGUCUUUUAUUGCAGGAUGCUUGGUCUCCAUGUGUUGAAGCAGUUUUGAAUGCAUCAUUACCUGGUUAGUUAGCCAGGCUGUCGCCCCAUAUUAGCUUUGUAGGCUCGACUGGGGAAACGUGUCACGUGACCAGGACGAGUGUCUUGACCUGAAUUAAUUGAUCGUCAAUCUUUUUUUUUUUUUUUUUUCUGUGCGGCUUGGCGAGUGACGAAGAGUCCGGUACCAAGUGACCGGUCCGCGGCCCGGUGGUUGGGGACCACUGCUCUAUGUUACAGGCUACGUGCUGAUUUAUUGACUGUCUGUAGCCUAUAGAAAGAAAUGUCUCAAUCCACUGUAUGGUUGCCUUAAUGAUAUACUUUGAUAGAAGGCAUAAAGGAAAACUUGAAUACAUCA